AUGGGUAUGAAAUUCGCCAAAAUCCAAAAGAGGAUGCUUACAAUCAUUCUUCUAUGCCUUAUGGUUUCAUCAUCUUCUGCUCAACAAACCCAAUUGGCUACACCACUAGAACCAACAGGAGGAGGAGAAGUCAACACUUCACCAACAAAGCCACAAGGUUUUCCGAUUGCAAACCCGAACCAACCAAUUCUCGGUCAGCCAUCUUCUUCUGUAAACCAGCCUUUAACCGGGUUAAAUCAACCAUUAACUGGAUUCAAUCAGCCAUCAUCAACUGGACUCAACCAACCGAUUCUUGGUCAACCAUCUUCUUCUUCUCUUAACCAGCCAUUAACCGGGUUAAAUCAGCCAUUAACCGGGAUUAAUCAGCCAUUAACCGGGGUUAAUCAACAACCAUCAUCAACUGGAAUCAACCAACCAAUUUCUUCUACUUCUUCUUCGUCUAACUCUGCUCUCAAUCAGCCAUUUGGGAAUCGACUCAACCAGAACAGUAUCUCGGGAAACGGUGUUCCUUUUCUUAAUGGAAAUUCGAAGCUGGAGGUCUCCAUUACAAAGAUUGUCUUUAUCUGGACUGCUCUUCUCCUAGCUUUGCAUGGUACAGACAGGAACUAA